AUGAAUAGUUCAGAUCAAAAUUCAAAUUGUACUUUCGCUCAUGAUUACCCAAAUAGCAAUAUAAUUACUACUACUUAUCAUGAAAAUAACAGAAAAACUCAUUUAAGAAAGCAUAUUAUUCAUUCAUUAGGUGUUUAUCCUUCUAAUAUAAAAAAAAUGAAAAAAUCAUCAAAAAAUUGUCCUGAAUAUGAAAUACCAGAUAAUUAUAAAGUUGAAACAACUUUAGAAGGAUAUAAAAUUGUUUGUGAGACAAAUUAUUUACUUGAUGGAACAGUAAAGUUUACACUUAAUUGGAAAGAUUCACAGGGUAUUAACCGGUAUAUAUCAAAUAACAAUUUUGCUUCAGGCAUCGCCAAAGAUUUUUUAAAGCUAUUAAAUAAAAAAACUCGUGUUUCUGGAAUUAUGCUUUUUGGUUUUAAUAUUCCUUGUUUAAUUGAAGCACGAAAAAAUAAUCCAAUAUAUAUCAAUUCCAAAGAUAUGGAAAAGGAAUCUCAAAUUAUUUUAAAGAAACAAAAUUUUGACAACACAAAAAUUCGAUAUAUUGAACUAAAAGUUGGUGGUGAUGAAGUAAUUGGAAUUGAUUUAUCAAAGGUUAAUUCAGAUUUUGCUAGAGUUCAUCAAGAUGCAAUUGUUCGUGCUUGUGAUGAAGCAUUAAUACCAAGAGAUGGGUAUAGACAUUUAGCAGCUAUUAAUCCAAGUCUUGAAAGAGAAUAUCAAAUUAGCGAUAGAUGA